AUGGGUUUCAAGAAUUUUCUUCCGUUGCUUUUACUGUCAUUGUUGAUUGCUGAAUGUGCCUCAAGGCCAUUGUAUCUUCUCCCAAGUCUAGCAAAAGCUGGAACCAAGAAACCACUUCAGACUUCUCGUCCAUUCAAUGUUGCACACAGAGGAGCAAACGGAGAGUUCCCUGAAGAGACUGCUCCUGCGUACAUGAGAGCCAUUGAUGAGGGUGCAGAUUUCAUAGAGUCUGAUAUCUUAUCUACAAAAGAUGGUGUUCUGAUAUGUCAUCACGAUGUUAAUCUCGAUGAUACAACCGAUGUUGCUGACCACAAGGAGUUUUCAGACCGUAAGAGAACUUAUGAAGUUCAAGGGAUGAACAUGACCGGCUUCUUCACUGUUGAUUUUACUCUCGAGGAGCUGAAAACACUUGGGGCUAAGCAGAGGUAUCCUUUCAGAGAUCAACAAUACAAUGGUAAGUUCCCAAUUAUUACUUUGGACGAGUAUAUAGCGAUAGCACUGAAUGCACCUAGAGUUGUUGGGAUAUAUCCAGAGAUCAAGAACCCUGUUUUCAUCAAUCAGCAAGUGAAAUGGGCUGAUGGUAAAAAGUUUGAGGAUAAGAUUGUGGCAACUUUGAAGAAAUAUGGAUACAAAGGCUCAUACAUGUCUAAAGAUUGGCUAAAACAGCCAAUAUUCAUUCAGUCUUUUGCUGCAACUUCGCUUGUUUACAUCUCAAACAUGACAGACUCACCAAAAGUGUUCUUGAUCGAUGAUGUCACUAUCCUAACUGAAGACACUAACAAGACAUACGCUGAGAUUACAUCAGACGCGUAUUUAGACUACAUUAAACCGUAUGUAGUUGGGAUUGGUCCAUGGAAAGACACUAUUGUUCCUGUUAUCGAUAACCGUUUGACUACACCAACGGAUUUGGUUGCAAGAGCACAUUCACGUAACCUACAGGUGCAUCCAUACACAUACCGUAAUGAGAACCAGUUUCUGCAUUCCGGGUUUCAUCAAGAUGCGUAUUUGGAGUAUGAUUAUUGGAUCAAUAAGAUUGGUGUUGAUGGUUUGUUCACUGACUUCACUGGUAGUCUUCACAAUUUCCAAGAGUUGAGUUCUCCUUUGCCUAAGCUUCAGUGA